GCUAUUUAGCAUUAAGAUUUUUGAAUAGUUAGAAUGAAAUUGAAAUGUAAAAACAUUCAGCAAAUUAUUCAACAUUCUACUAUCACGGAAAUAAAAUAAUGCUGACAGAAUAAAAAGCACCAGUUAACCGCUGUCUAGUUAAAUAUAAUGUAACAAAACGUCUGGUAAAUAUUUUAUUUACCACUUAUCAUAUACAUGUUUGGCUCGAUAGAGUUUUUCUUACGAAAAUAAAUCAGAUGGGAUUUAAACAACUGCAAAUAAAUUUGUAAUUCAAUAACAAGAGAAAAUAAUAGUAGAAAAACGUAAGCUAUAAGUUAAUUUUUCCUGUGAUGUUCAAAAUAGAGAUACAAGAAAAAAUAGAGGAAAAUAUUUACUUUUACCACUAGAAGAAAAUGAUAGCUUGAGAAAGUAAGUGUAAUGCUGAGCUUUAAAUAAAUAAGUAUUCCUUGUACGCAAGUCCUUAGCAGACAUGAAAGGUUCAACCCCUCCAAUACAUCGUAGAACUAUGGAUGUAAAGAUCUAUGGACUCCGAUUAUUUGGUUUAUGGAAUGAAAAGUCAAAAUACGUGCAGCUCCUUUUUCAUGUUGGAGUUUUUGUCAACAUUGUUCUGCUUUUUGUAUAUCUCGCAACUGUAAUAGUUGAGAUCUUUCUGACGGAUAGUAAUGUUAUUAUAUUUGAUUGUACUUUACAUGUUGUUACGGCGAUUGCAUUACUUUGCAAAUUUUAUAAAUUUUUUUUUGAUCAUGAUCGGAUUGAUAAACUGAUUGAAAAGAUCUAUAAACCACUGGAUAUUCUCAUAUUAUCACCAGAUACUCAAAUUCAGGAUAUAAUUCAACGGAAUCUCCAUCAAGAAAAAAUACUAGAUAUUUUUUUUGGAUGUUGUUUUCUUAUUUUUGACAUUUCUGUAGCCUGUGUAAUAUUUACAGAAGGAAAGAAUCUGCCUUUGCCAGGAAGGUUCCCAUUUAAUACAUCAAUUUCACCUCUUUAUGAAAUUAUAUUUAGCUACCACAUGUGGGUGACAAGUCUUCAUUUAGGAGUUGUACUUCUGGUAGAUGAAUUGAUUUUUUCGUCCAUAAGAUGGAUUACCGUUCAGUUCAUUAUUUUAAACAUCAACUACCAGAAUUGCUGUAAUACCAGUUACAGUAAAAGUGAAAAAAAUAGUGACGAUUCUUUAGUUAUUGUCAGUGUGCACAACUUUACUGAUUUAUUAAAAAUCCAUUUUCAAAACCAUCAAUAUUUAAUUGAACUAGUUGCAGAGUGGAAUGCUAUUUUCAAUAUGACCAUGUUUUGUGAAAUUGCAACCAAUUGUUUUAUGAUUUGUCUUGGUUCAUUUCAAGUCACAAUGGGAACAAGUAACUUAGCAUAUACAGCCAAAUUUAUGUUUUUCUUUGGAGCUGCGUCUUGUCAGUUAUUUAUUUGGUGUUGGUUAGGCAGUGAACUUACUUCACAGAGUGAAUUAAUGGCUUCGGGCUUAUGGUCAUGUGGUUGGGAAUCAUGUCUUAAUUCAGACAUCAAGUCAAUGAUGAUUAUGUCCAUGAUCCACACCAAAACUAUAUUACAACUCAAGGCUGGAAAAUUUUUUGUUAUGACCAUGCAGACAUUCGUUUCAAACAUUUUACUAAUCAAUUUUUUAAAUUAUAGAUUUUUAGGAUUUUGGGCUCCAGAGUCAUCAACACCACUGUGUACUAGAUUCCUCUAUACUAUUAAUCAUAUUUUAGCUGUAUUUUUUUUUUCUUUUUAUGUAGCAACUUUGAUUGGUGAUAUAGUCAUUAAUAGAAGAAAUAUCCCAGUUACUUUGGAAAUUAUUUUAUAUCUUUCUUCAACAUUGAUGGUAGGGUUUAAGUCAUAUAAGUUUGCAAUAGAACAUCUCCGAAUUGCUCAUCUUACUGAAGCAAUUCUCAAACCUCUUGAUGCUCUUAGCCAAUCAGAAGAUUCCAACAUCAGAGAGUUAAUAAAAAAAAAUGUUUUACAUGAAUUUAUUGUUGAUGUCUCUUUCGGAAGUAUGAUUACCCUAUUCGACAUGGGCGUACUCGUGAUGAUUUAUUUUAAUGAAACUGAUUUACUUGUGAGAGGCGAAUUCCCAUUUGACACGACAAUUUCCCCCAAUCAUGAAUAUGCGAUCAUUCUUCAAGUUUUUAUGAUUCAUGUCGUUUUUGCAUUGAUCGUAUUGACAGACGAAUCUAUAUUUUCGUUGAUUCGAUGGAUUACUAUUCAAUUGACUAUUCUGAAUAUGAAUUAUCAAAAAUGUAAUGUUUCGAACAAAUCAAUUAUUGAUGGAUACUCUUCACAAGAACCAAUUUAUGAAAAUGAUGAUAAUUUUUUAUUUAAACUUGCAAUUUGUUCCAAUGACCAUCGAUAUCUUAUCAAAUUAAUGUCAGAAUGGAAUUCAAUCUUCAACACUGUUAUGCUUACAGAAAUAUCUACAAAUUGUUUUAUGAUUUGUCUUACUUCUGUUCAAUUAGUGAUGGAUCAUGAAAAUAUGGCAGAGACAAUAAAAUUUAUGCUGUUUUUUGGCUCAGCUGCAUCACAGCUAUUGAUAUGGUGUUGGCUUGGUAAUGAGCUUACUUUUCAGAGUGAGUGUGUAUCUAAUGGAUUGUGGUCAUGUGGUUGGGAGAUGUACUUGAAACACCGUCACAUUAAAUCACUUAUGAAGAUUUCUUUGGUGCAAGGAAUACGUCCGUUCCAAAUGAAAGCUGGUAAAUUUUUCGUCAUGUCUAUGGAAACGUAUGUCAACGUCAUAAAAACUGCAUACUCAUUUUUUGCCGUACUUCGUGCAACUAAUGUAUAA